AGAUUACACAGUACCCAUUUUCCUUUGAGACGUACAAUUUACAAGAUAUUGAUUCUCCUUUCCUGCCAAGAAAUGGAAAAAAAAAAUAUUAAGUUGAACACUCUGGAUGUAAGAGAUUGAGAGAUACUGGCGUCUUCCCAAAAAUGUUUGUAUCGGUACAUUAGUCAAUGAAUAAUGGAUAUGCAUAAUAUAGGUUGAUAUUUCAUCCGCACCGUCUUUACUUAUCCAUCCAAUCAGCUUCUCCAUUUCUUAGAAUGUAGAGAUGCAGCCUGUAGCGUACAACCUACAACCGGAAUUUUUCCAUAAACUUGCAAUUUGGGAACACAUCCCAUAAAGCCAAGUCUACAAAGUACAAAAUGAAUGGUUAGUCAAGUCUUUUCCAUGACCAAACUAACUCACCAUGUCAUAUACUAUAUCACGAGAACAUGCUGCACUCUGUCUGAGAUAAGAAGAAGAUUGGCACACAGAUUCUGCCUGUCAAUUCUAGCAGGCCUAGUCAAAUCACACUUUUCAGACCUUUUUAGUUUUGCACCUCUCUCUCUCUCUCUCUCUCUUCUUCCCUCUCUGGGUUUUUCUCCAGAAAGCCUAGAGUUUUCUUUCUCUCCAGAAUCCAGUUGGAUGGUAUUUAAAGGAAAGAAAACACAGUGAAAGAAGCAGCAAAGUAGAAAGAACCUGUUGGUGCAUUCUUUAUUUAUCAAGCACCUAACGAAAAUGUUGCGAAAUAGUCACGACUUCUUAAAGAUUGAGAAACAUGUCAUCAAAGUACACAUUAACUGUGAAGGUUGCAAGGAGAAAGUGAGAAAACUCCUCAAAAAGGUUGAAGGCGUAUACAAAAUAGACAUAGAUACAGAACACCAGGUGGUGAUAGUGUCAGGAUGUGUAGAUUCUUCUACCCUAAUCAAAAGGUUGGUCAAAUCUGGGAAAAGAGCAGAGCUAUGGUAUCCAACUUCCAAGCACAAAUUGAAACGAGAAGCCACCAUGGACCAAAUGCAUUUUCUUUCCAAUGACCUCAAUGCCUCCAAGAACCAGUUCAUGUUUCCUGCGUCCUUUGUCAAUGAAGACGUUAGAGGCUUUGAGAACUUGACUAACCAGAAUACUGGAAAGAAGGUUGCGGAUGCUGAAACUGAACAGGAUCUAAUGGUAGCAAAAAGAAUGGGAAAUAUCUACAUGGAUGAGGAUAAUUUUGCUGGUAAUACCGGAGUGGAGAAUGAUAUGACACCCUUGGGAGAUCAAGCAGAUUAUCAAGAAAAUAAGGCUGGUUUUCUUGGUUUAGGAGGCCAUGAAUUUGACGGGAUGCCAAUUUAUAAACAUAAUCACCUACCAUCCCUGAUAAUGAGCAAUAUACAGCAAGGGCCUCACUAUAACUACCCAUCCAUGGCUAUGCAGAAGAAUUUUGUUUACAUGCACGACGGACACGCCAACAAUAACAUGAUAAGUGACUUUUGUAUGCAUCAACCUCAUGUGAUGAAUCAUGCAUUGGAAAUGCCCCCUCCCUAUACUGGAUAUAGCUUCUCAGCAGCACCACCACACUCGUACUAGUAAUGAGAUUAGACUAGAACUACAGCCCUGGGAGAAGUUAGACUGUUAUAAAUAUAGGACAAAUAGGUAAUAUAGUUUAUCUAUAUAUGGUAGUAGUAUGGUAUGAAUAUCUUUUAUGGAAGUUACUUAAUUUGUCAAAUUUUCAAUUCUUAAUUUCAACAUUCUGUUUAC